AUGUCGCUCGCCAAAGUCAGAAAGACUGUCUUCAAUCCUCUCCUUCAAACGGAAGAGGAUGUUUCGGAUUAUUUGCGGUCACUUCCCAACCCCAAUGGCACGGCUCACCCUUUCCUCGAGUCACUUUUCCUCCUCGAGAACGAUGAAAUCCAGAACAUCAACAUCUCGGACAAGAGUGAAGAUUAUUUCUUCUCCGCCACUGACCUGAACACCCUGUCUGAAACCAUUACUACAAGGAUAGAAAUGUUCAAUGCCUUGGAAGCCUUCAAGGAUUAUCAGAUCAUUUCACUCGUAAACCCUUACCUUGAAGUUCCUUUCGUGGCGGGGCAGAUGUCGAUUGUCGUUUUGUCUGUCCGAAUGCCGACAUACUACGACUUCUGUCUAGGAAAGGCUGAUGGGUCUAUGGUGCUGUACUGUAAUAGAACGCAGUAUUCUCUUCCGGGUAUCGAACACUCCGGCGAUAUAAAUGAAGGCACAACUCUUCUCCAUCACAUUGUAUUCAAAGAAGAAAUGGAAGAGGAACCCUUUGCAUUAUUUGUAUCCGGCUAUAGCAGCACUGCCUUGUACAGAUUCAAGGAACAGAACCCAGCUGUUACGAUUUGCGACCACCAUGCGAAGAUUAUGUAUGUUGUGCCUGUUCCGUUGGACCAAGCCACUAUUGGUGAUGCAACCAUCUGUGUUCCAGUUGUUGGAAGAAGGCGCGGCGACAAAGUCUGCUAUUCAGUUUUGCCAACAGCGGUCACCUCGAAUCAGGUUGCCAGUGGAUCAAAUCUUGGAGGGGACACCCUCACUCGGGCGAUUGCCAGAGAGCCGCCUGCGCCCGCGCCACCACAAACCGGAACUCAGGAAUCGGGAACAGCUCAGAAGCAUGAAAAGAAGAAGUCUAAGAUAGACGAUACUGCGAUAGAAAAUUUAACGAUCGUGGAAGUUGAUACAGAGAAACCGUUAUUCGUAACUGAAGAAGGUUGCAAGUUCCCAGAAUGUGCAAAGGGCAAGGGUGGGAACUAUAUCACAUACUUCCAGGGUAUCACCGUUCACUCUGAGGAGCCGGCUGAUGUUGAUACCAGUGACAAAAAAGUUGUCCUUCCAUGUGUAUUGGGCAAUCCUCUAGAAGGGUCCAUGAUCUUGGCUCUCGGAAAACCUUUCAAGGGUGCAAAGGUCAACUAUCCGCAAUAUAAGCGGCUCUUUGACAAGGCUCCACUUGUUGUCUUGACAGUUUCUGAUCGUAUGACUGAUCAAGCUCGUGUGCUCAAUCCGGAUAUUCGAUGUAAUGGGUUAUUCAUUGUUCAAACCACUACUCCAUUACCAUCACAGAAUACGGUCUCAGUCGAAGACAUCCUGAAUGACAUUAAAGUCAAUGCCAUCACCUCACUGGCAGGCCCUCAAUCAAUAAUUGUCAUUCAGCUCGGCGACAGAUAUUACUUUUAUAGAGGUAUCAGAUGGACUGGCAUUUUCGAGGAAAUCCCCAAGUUUGGCGAAGACAUCACGGAGGCCAUCGAGGAAAUCAUCGUAUCUUCAUCUGCCCGAGCUCUGUUGGAUAUGCCGAGUGAUGCUCCAAGACAGCCGUGGACCAAUAUUGUUUCUAUUGAAGGCGACACAAAGGUUUACUUCAGAGGCGCUGUAUGCUCCACCGAUGACCUAUACACCAAUUUCACUUCAUUGAAGGUUGAGGAACUCGAACAAUUCAAACCGGAUAUCUUGGAUACCCUCGCACAGGCACAAGUUGUUUUAUCACCAAAGGAACUACCAGCGUUCACUUCCAAAUUACAGAAUUCUCUCAAGGGAAUGAUGGAUCAGCUUAUUGCUCCUGCCAAGAAAGAGUACAUUGACCAUCUCCUUGCCUCGGGAGGGAAAGACCGUGAUCCCAAGCUUAUGGAGAAGUACCGUCGAGCUGAAAAGCAAGCUAAGGUCGCCUUUCAAUGGCUCAUAGAUGCCCUAGGUGCUCUUGUCUCCUCUCGUAUCUCCUCAACUCGCAAGUACGAUCUCAAACAGAUGAUCCGAAAGCAAAAGAUUCUCGAUAACGUUGCGGCGAGCAAGGAUAUGACAUACGAAAGUCUUGCUUCUCUUCUCGAAGAACACUGUUCAGAUAUAGGAAUGGUUAUCGCCAAUGUAGAAGAAGAGGAAUUCAAGACCUUGCUUGGCAAAGUCAAGGAGUCCACUCUCCUACCACAUCUACAGCAAAUCACCAACAGGGAAUCGAAUGUCUGUAGCCUUGAUGACAGAGUUCAGUAUCUCAGCGGCCUAGAUUCCGGAAUCAUUCUCCCAAUGUCACAGGAUGGCCAUGUAGGACCGUUGGCUAGGAACAAAGGUGAACUAGCACUUAGUUUCCCCUACGGGGUCUCAAAGAACGAAUCCGGCUCCGCUUUCGCUUUCGCCUGCUUCGAUCAAUUCAUCAACAUUAAGCACCCUUACAGCCAAUUCUGGGUAGAACUAUGCAACCUACAUCACGUCUCGAUGUUCAGAAUCCUCCAAAGAGGAACAGUUACAUCAGCCAUACAGUCUAGAGAGUUUCAAAUCCCACCAGCAAGUAAAGAUCUUGGUUUCCUACUAGCAUACGCUCUUACAGAUGCUAUGAAGAGUCUUGCGGCCACCCGCUCUGGUAUCCCCAAAGAAGCAAAGUUUGGAGAAGAAGUUGAUACGACUACCAAGAUGAUGAGGGGCCUAUUCGGAUAUCUGAUGACUAUGUUGGCAGCAGGCGUUCAGCCGAUGAGUAUGGCAUGGCAGAUGUUGUCGAAGACCACAACAUUAGAGGCACCACCCAAAGAAGAAUUUUGGCUUUACGCCAGGAUUAUCGAAUUGUUCCCAUACACAGCCUGGCCGCAAGCACAGUUCAAGAAGAAUGUGAGGCUGUUGGUUGCCAGACUGUUGAGGAAGCAAGUUACAGACCCUGUGACGAAGUUACUGAGAGAGAGUAUGAAUGAGAUGAAGCAGGAUGAGAUUCGAGAUCGUAUUGCGAAGAGGAACGUGGUUUUGAAGUGGAGUGAAGUUGCGUUGGAAAUUUUGAGUAAACUGCUACUCGGGGAUUUCAAAGGGAAGGAUGAAGUUGUAAAGGGCAUUGCGGACAGGAUGGUUGCUUUGGUGCCAAAGGAGGAAUACUCGAAGAGGAAGGGGAAGAGGGGGUUGGAUCGAGUGAUGAGGGCCUUUAAAAGACUGAAAGAGACCGGUGAUAUCACAAAGGUGGAUAUUGAGACAAGGAAAGCAGCUGCACAACUGUAUGCCAAGCGAGCGGCCUCGUUGAAAGAGCUGAAGGGAAAACUGUGGGAAGCAGCGGAGAGUGGUUUUACAGAAGCGGAGAAGGUUUAUCAGCAAUUGCAAGAGAAGGCACAAGAGAUUGCAAGGAGAUUUAAUGUUGAAAAGGUGGAGAUUCAAAACAGGAAGAAUAUUGCGACAAUUCUUGAGAAAUUAAAGGCGGGAGAGGAACUAGAGAAAAAGACCAUCUUAUCGCUCUUGAAGUGCGAUGCAGAGAUUUAUAGAGACCCGUGGAUGGUUGGAAAGCCACAGGAGCCGGAACCAAGUAAGAUGUAUUUGGCACACUACAUCAUGACGGAGGAAGUCGUCGAGAUGGACGAGACUAAGAGUCAGGAAGUGAUCUCGGAGAAACCCAAGAGCUUGGAUCAAAGACUCUCUUCGCUCCACGGCGGAGAAAAGGCUGGGAAAUUGGCACUUGUGGUCGCCCAGUUGAAGACUGUUGAAGAGUUUCUCAAGAUUUCGAAGCUACCAGGGGAGGACUUCAUGGUUAUGUUCAGAUUUUCUAAUGGGAAUACUGAGGAGGAAGUUGAGACUUUGAAGAAGGCUCUUGUGGAGUAUCUAGAAGGCUGGGGAGAUGUAGUUGCAGCUGAAGGGAGGGUUAUGAAUAUGCUCAGGGGACCGAAGGGUCACGGCGAAGAUAAGGAGAUCGCAGAAGUCGAUGCGAAAGCCGGGGUUGAGACGUCACCUUAG